GCCCCGUUGCAAUCCGCUCUCCACACACGUCGUUCGCCGGCUCUCACUCUUGGGAGAGGCGCUCCGGACGCGACGACGGCAGAGCUCUCACCGCCAGCCACGCCCGCCGCCGCCGCCACCACCAUGCUGCGGAGCAAGCGACUGGGGCUGUCAGGACUGACCCUCGCCCUGUCCCUGCUCGUGUGCCUCGGCGCGCUGGCCGAGGCGUACCCCUCCAAACCCGAAAACCCGGGAGAGAACGCGUCUGCGGAGGACCUGGCCAGAUACUACUCGGCGCUGCGACACUACAUCAACCUCAUCACCAGGCAGAGAUAUGGAAAACGGUCCAGCCCUGAGACACUGAUUUCAGACCUCUUGAUGAGAGAAAGCACGGAAAACAUUCCCAGAACUAGGCUGGAAGACCCUUCUAUGUGGUGAUGGGAAAUGAAAGUUGCUCUCCGGUCUUUGCCUACUUUUCAAGCCCUCUUUCCUUCUGUAAAACUCGAGUCUGCCUGUUCUCCCCAUGCAUGCAGCCACUGUACUCAACUCUGCAGAGUUCCCCCUUGUCGUCACUGUAUAUAUGUGCAUUUCAAUAAAGUA